AUGCCCAACCUCCAAGAGCUUACGCUCGGCUUUGGUCGACUGGACGACAUACCAAGCACGCUCGACACCAAGGCAACCCCCCGUCUGCGCGCGCUGACCCUCUACAGUGUCACCUUUUCGGACAAGGCUUUCAACGCCUUCUUCCAGUGGACCUUGGGCUUGCGCCAGCUGCGGUGUGUGCUUUGUAGCGCAAUUUCGUUCGAACGUCAUCGGCUACUGACGCUCAACACCGUGUUGCGCCACUGGAUCGUCAUUAAUGGUGUCACCAGUGCCGGUUUUGUGUACAACACACUUGACGAAGUGCAAGUCAUUGCGUCCGUGCUCCAGAACGCACCACGGUCAUUGCCACUGACGUUCCUGGACGUCGACGAUAUUGGAAACGACGUCGCUUGCCUUUGGAAGCUCAUCAAGUCGAUGGCCCACCUCGUCAACACCACCGUCAAGUUCGAGUUCAAGAUGCACGAAUGCCAGUACAGAGCCAUCAAGACCACGGCCCUCGAGGACCAUGGCGUCGACGUCCCAUCCGGUUGGCGACUAUGA